CAGCUCUGCUCACACACAGCUCCGGGCUGCCGCGCAGGAGCUGACGGGCUGCGGGAAGGCUGAGGCUGUGCUACCCUGCACGGAACACCGCCGGGGGUCACCCGUGGAGGGCCAACUGCAGCAGGUACCCGAGGAUUGAGGGGAUGACUAAAGACAUGGACUGUACAGCAGCUCAGACGAAAGGACUAUUUUUGCUAAAGAUGCUUUGGCUUAUACUGUACAUGCAUGGUUAGCAGAGCACUUUGUGAAGUUGGGGACUGCAAGGAGCAGGAGUACUUUGAUAACACCGGGAUCUGUCGACCCUGCAGGCUGUGUGGCCCAGGCAAGGAGCUAUCAAAGGAAUGCGGCUUCGGGUAUGGGGAGGACGCACAGUGUUUACCCUGUCGGCCGAAUAGGUUUAAGGAAGAUUGGGGUUUCCAGAAAUGCAAGACUUGCCUCGACUGUGCAUCUGUCAACCGCUACCAGAAAGCAAACUGCACCGCCACUGGGAACGCCAUGUGCGGAGAAUGCUUACCAGGGUUCUAUAGGAAGACAAAGCUUGGUGGAUUUCAAGACAUGGAGUGCGUUCCCUGUGGGGAUCCCCCGCCAACAUACGAGCCUCAGUGCAGCAAAGUAAACCUUGUGAAGAUUACAGCUACAGCAUCAAGUCCCCGGGAUACGGCUCUGGCUGCUGUGAUAUGCAGUGCCUUGUCCACAGUGCUCUUAGCUCUGCUUAUCCUCUCUGUUAUCUACUGCAAGCGCCAGUUCAUGGAAAAGAAGCCAAAUUGGUCUAGCAGAUCUCAAGAAGUUCAGUACUCUGGAUCAGAGCUCUUGUGCUUCGACAGACCACAGGUCACUGACCAUAGGACAUACUGCCGCUGUCAGCAAGAACCUCCACAGGCUUGUGGCCCCGUUCACUUGAUUCCAUCAUUGUGUUGUGAAGAGACGUACAGCAUUGAGCCUGGUUCUCUAUUCCCAUCACACAGCACAUUGUACGAUGGGAACGUGGAUUCUGCACCGGACAUGAUUCCGGCAUAUUUUGGACCCACAUCACACUCGGCCUGCAGAGAGCUUGCAGAAACUUGGCCUCUUAUGCAAACAACUCCUGGCAGUGAUAGCACUCCUGUCUGUGAGCCAUAUCCGGAGCUAAUAGGAGGAGAUGCAGACACUUUGAACAAAGAUACAGAGGAGCCAAGUAUUUUACACACAAAUAGUGUGCCGAGUAUCAGUGCAGAGACGGAGUCUUCAAAACAUCUUCAUUUAUUCGAGCUGGAUGCUUGUCAAGGUGCUGAGGGAAACCAGCCUGAGGAAGAGCACUUGUAACCAAGAUGAGAAUCAGGAAUGCUGAGUGAUAUCUACUUCAAGAUCCAUCAUUUAGAGGUCUAUUUCUAGAUCACCAGACCAGAAGAUAUGUUGGAACCAUCUUCUAGAGAUCUUCUUUUAGACCUACCACCAGCAACGCCACCUGGAGAUCGAUUUCUUCAUUUGACACUUGGAGAUCUGCGCCUUGAUUGCCUACAAGGUUUAUAGAACGAGCCUCCAUGUUUUGUACGAAUCCGCUUGAUGUAUGACCAGUUGCUCACCCUUUAAGACCUCUUAAGAGAUCAUUAUGGACCUGAGGAUGUGUGUUUCCUGGGAAGGAAUUUCUUUUAGCACAUUGAUCCAAUGGAGAUAUGCGAGGAAAUGUAUUAAUCAAAAAGCAACUACUGGAUGAAGCUGAAUGGAGAAGACAAGUGUGGGACUUAAUUGCGAAGCAGAAUGUAAAUGUGAUUUUUCAUUAUUUAUGUGGUGACCUUCAUUAAAUUGUACAGUUCAUCUUUGGACUGCAAAAAUAUUUAAAGCACGGUUCCCAUUAUUUUCUAUGGGCUUGCACAGUGCAGUUAAAUGAGUAUUGUAUGAGGUCUGCACAUUACAACUCUUUCUAAUCUGCUGAAUACAUUGACUGGCUCCCUAAAUAUUUGGAUUGGUUUCCUGGAACAUCAGAGCCAUGGUCACCUACAUUGACUUUUCUAGAUGUAAUGCACUUAUGCUGGACCCUUAUUAACCCCUUUAUGCUGGGGAAUGUCUAUAUGAACGCAUGUUAAUGACAUUUUUGAGACACCGCCACGUGUAUUUUCUAUAAGCACUAUUUCUGUGACGUAUGUACAUUUUAUAUGAAGCCUUUUAUUGUAUGAUAGGUCUUUUUUUUUUAUUUUUUAUUCUUGCUUUUGCUUACAAUGUUUUCUAGACUAUUGUUAUUUAAAUUUGUAGCUGAUUUUUUUUUUUUUUUAUGACGUUUGUGGUGUCUCUACAAGGGUUAUCCCCUGAGCUUAGUAGCACCUGUUCCACUAUUUCUGCUUGGUCUGAUAAGGCCAAGAUGGACUUUUAUAGGGGACCAGUAACUAGUACAGUAUAUCUGAUAAUCAUAAUAAAAAGUUGGCCAUACACUU